UCCUGCCAUGUAAUGGCUUCAAGGCCGACGAAAAGGAUGCGAAAGAGCGUCCAGGAGCAUUCUGCGACAAAAAAGCGACAUCGGAGAACACAACUCACCUACUGGCCUGCCUCGAGGAUAUUAAAAGACAACAAUACACACUAUCUGGUUGAAUGGGACGGCGUCGAUCCAGUAACAAGAACUCCUUACCAACCAACGUGGGAACCGCACAGUUUUGUCACUCCAGCCUUGGAGUCAGAAUGGAAGGCCAAUUUGACUCAGUCGAGUUCUGCAAAGACGCAUAGCCAUAGUCACACUCAAGAUGGUAGACAGGAGGUAUUAAGCUCGGUUCAUGAGAAUCCAGCUAUGCAGGAUCAUCUUGGGGCUGCGGACAAAGAGGGUUUUAGAUCAGAUGCGCCUUCAAUACAAUAUAGUCCGCGCAUACCUCCUCCAGCUGAACAACAGCCCCCGGAGAUUCAGACUCGUGCAGUAGAAGAGAAAGAACGAAUUUCAUCUCUGCCAUCUGCGAGUUCGAAGUCGGCAGUAGUAAAGGGGUCAUGUGACAAGCCUCAAGGCCUAUCAGCACCACUAUCCGGGGCAGAAAAGCGAAAAGAUGGAGGUGCCGAAGAGGCUGAAGCUGAGAUACCUGCAGUUGGAAUGGUUAAUAGGCAUAGCCAACAACGCAAUAAUUUAGCUCAAUCGCAAGACGAUUUUUUCGAGGAGCGCGAGCUUCGCAUGGAGCAAGCAUUAACUCCGCCCGAUGCAAGCUAUAGAUUCGAUCGGUCCACAAUCACUCCAACACGACCUCGGGAGGUUAGGGGAACCCCUUCGUCGUCACUACUUCCAGUCGAAAGCUCUAGUGAUUUCAUCACAGAACCUUUCCAGGAAGGCCAAUACUACCAGUUAAAUAACAAGUCUACUGUCCAUAUCGAUCGUGUGGCUCUAUCUGGCUCUAACCAAACCAGUCAAAAGGCAUCCAAGAGUUGCAGCGAUCCGUCAACUACCACAGACCGAGAAGUACAGACCAUGGAACUCUAUCAGCAACAAACCGUGCCUCGCGCAGGACAGCAAGACCCUUCUCAACAAAUGACUACCGAUCGUCACAAACCGUGCCAAUCUAGCGGUCAUGAGGCGCAACGUAGCUAUAUGUGCUCAACAGAAGGAUUUCACGGUACCGCUGCAUCAACACCUGGAAGCGAUUUUACGGUGAAUAGUGUGGCUGUUAACCGCUGCGACAUCCUGUAUAUACUGAACUCUGCAUUCAACCAUCGCAGGAGUCAAAUCGAAGACAAUUCUACUAUAACAGCGGCUAAAGUGCACCAACAAACCGCAAAGAAGCAUCAGAGACAUCAAGAUAUACCAUUAGCAUCGCCAAACACUGCACCGCAAGUACUAUUGUUACCCUGUACGGCACCAGUGUUAAGCAUCCAGAGGACAGAGAAGCAGAAGAUGUUGGAAGGAGUGCCUUUUAUGCCUUUCUGUCCCCAGUUGGUUGGUGAGCGUAUGCGUUGUGCAAAGGCGAUACGUUGUUUUAAGAACAGUAUCGGUGCAACGAAUGGUAUUGUGCGGGCUGGCGGCUAUGUCGGAAGCGAUGUGUACGUUGCCACACCUUUCUAUUGCGAGUACGGCUAUAAUCUCUCAGUAGGUGACAAUACUGUCAUCGGACCCAACUGCCGAUUGCUAGAUUCUGGAAAAAUCACCAUCGGAAGGAAUGCUGAGAUUGGCGCUGGGGUUAUUGUGUCGACUUUAAAGAUGCCUACGAACACAAAAAGAGGAGGCGGCCUCAAAGUCGCCCAAGAGAUUUAUAUUAGCGACAAUGUCUAUGUCGGUAGUGAUUGCAUUAUCGCGGCUGGAGUACGAAUUGGUCAUAGCGCUAUCGUUCCACCCCGGUCUGUGGUUGUUCAUGAUAUACCUGCUGGCUGUAACACGUCGAGUAAAGAUACACAGUAG